AUGGAGGAUGAAGGGUUUGAUAGGCCAUUCAGAUUUAUCGUCACUGGCCAAUAUCUUGCUAUCCACUAUCAUGGCAGCAACUUCGAGAUAUGCAGAGAUUACCAUGCCCGUGGUACUUUGUUUUACCUUGCUGACGACGGAGAAACGAUAAUUCAUAAUCGCACAUAUGUUGGCGUUCUUACCGACUAUCCCGACUAUGAAGGAGAUGUAUUCUACAUCCGCAAUGGGUCGCAGUACCUAACUCAGGACGGGCAGUGGACGGACCAGUUUAAUGAUGCUGUCAAAGUCCAACUUGACCCACAGGGGGACUACGGGGAUGCUGAACCCCCCAUCCCCCCGUCAAUUUCCAAUCCUGUCAUUGAUACGGGCAAUCCUAUUUCCGCUGACGGGGUUGAUCUCUACCACCCUGAUAAAUGGUUUUCCUUAUAUCCCAUCAACGGCGACAGUCUCUGGUUAGGUGAUGCUGGGGAGUUCGAAACCAAGCUGUAUUUUGGUGGCAAUCCAUACAGUGAUGGGAUGUGCUUUCAGCUCUCCAAACAUGACGGGAAGACACGGAUCCGCUCCAAUGAUGGUAAAUAUCUGGUCGUUAUGAUGGAAUCUAGCGUUGCCGCGUACCUGGACGAAAACUGCAAGCAACAUACUAAGUUCGAUCGAUGUUCCCGUUGCAUGCUCCAUUACACUAUUGGAUAUAGUUCCGAGCCGCAAGAGGGCUUUUGUUUGGUUCCGAAGGGCCUGCCCAGCAUGUUUGUUUUGAAUGAUGGCAUUUUCUACUAUAAAGUCAAUGUUCUCAAAGGUAGUUAUGCAGAGGUACACCGCGUUGAAGACAUCGAUGAUGCGUCACCUUUCCAGUUUGUGGCUUGA